UAAUUUACUGUCUACUGAUAACAGUAACGCACGGUUCUACUGUCAACACGACACGGCCAGGGUUUAUUCAACUUUAACUCUGAUAAACUCAGCUACGUCUAGGUCCUGAAAACAUUGCACACAAAACCAAAGGGAAAAUUUCCUCAUCAAUGAAAAUUCACGAUGUCAGUAACAAUGUGAUCUUGUUUCACCAUGGACAUAAGGACUGUGUUUAUCAUCACCUUUGCCUGUUUUGUGAGACGCUUUCCUGCUCAAACGUCUGUCAAAGAGGUACACAUUCCUGGGGAUUUUGUUUUAGGGGCGCUGUUUCCGAUACACGACUCCAAAGACGGAAAAUGCACGCCGCAGGUCAACGAACAAGACGGGAUUCAGAUUCUGGAGGCGACCAUUUUUGCUCUGAGGGAAGUGAAUGCUAGCCUGACACAUAAGGGAUUUACUCUGGGAUUAAUAGCCAGAGAUUCCUGCUAUGAUACAGGUAUAGCACUACAGCACGCGCUGGAAUUUGCACAAAAGCGAUAUAACUCUCAAUCAAACAGGUUUGAGAACUGCACAUGUUCUUGGACGGAUACCAGAAACAUCAUAGGUGUAAUUGGUCCGCCCAGAAGCAAGGAAACAGUAGACGUGGCAAAUCUACUCACUUUGUUCAAAGUUCCACAGAUAAGCUACUUUGCCACUACCCCGGAGCUGAGCGACAAUGUUAAAUACAAAUAUUUCAAGAGGACCGUCCCUUCUGAUACCUUCCAGGCCAAAGCAUUAGUCAGUAUAUUGCGUUUUCUGGAUUGGCAAUAUGUCAGUAUCCUCUAUGAAGACAGUAACUAUGGAAUUGAAGGGUACACUGAGAUCAUAGCUGCCGCAGAGGAUGCUGGGAUAUGUUUUGGAUUCGAUAAAAAAGUAAAGGAAUCCACCAAAGAAGAUGAACUGGAAAAGGUCGUGGUUGAUUUAAUGAAAAAGAAAAACACAAACGGGAAAGUCGUUGCUAUUUUGUUCAUGCAAUAUGCCCUGGCGUACAGAAUUAUGGAGAUGGUAGAUCAAUCUCAUAAUAGCUCUGACGUCAUUUGGGUCGGAGGUGAUGCUUGGAUAGGAAGGGAGCCACCUAGUGGACAAAAGAAAAUUAUUGAAAGAGCUAUAGGGAUCAGCCCUGAAACCAGAAGUUAUCCGGGAUUUGCCGAGUACUUCAGAAAAAUAAAUAUAAGUAGAAGUCCUAACCCCUGGUUUGGUGAAUACUUAAAACAACGUUACAGCUGUUCUCUAACUGACAAGAAGAAUAGUUGUACUGACAUCGAAAUCAAAGAUUUCAGGGAAUUGUUAACAGCCUACAAUGUUCGAAAUGCUGUUUACUCUUUUGGGAGUGCCCUGGAUAAUAUUCACACUUUACUUUGUGGUGAAAAGAAGGGCGUGUGUAAGCGAAUGAAAUCUAACCUUACAGGAGAAUUGAUACUCCAAUAUUUGUCCAAUGUUUCAAACCCAUUUAGCACGAGCUUCCACUUUGAAAAUGGUAGAGAUGGUCCCAUUCGAUACAGUGUUUUACAAUACAAGAGGCAGCAAAAUGAUUAUACCUGGAUAGAAAAGGGAAAUUAUUCUGGACAGGAAUUGAUCUGGAAAACAAUGAAUAGAUCUAAAUACACCGCUUCCGUGUGUUCGGUGCCUUGUAAGAAUGGUCAGUUUCGGAGUAGAGGCGAGGUUUGUUGCUGGGAGUGCAAGGAUUGCGACUACACAGAGAUUGUAAAUGCUUCUGAUCCUUUCAACUGUCAGACGUGUGACAUCUACUCUGGUUGGACAUCCAAUCCUUCACAGAACGUUUGUGUGGCUAUUCCUGUCGAUCAUCUUCAUUACAACAAUCCGUCCAUUCUAGUGAUCUUUGUUUUAUCUAGUCUUGGGAUCAUCAUUUGUUGUGUUGUGUCUGUUGUUUUUAUUCUCAAACGAACUACACCCAUAGUGAAGGCCACUGGUUUUGAGACAAGUAUAGUCCUGCUGGUUGCAAUACUUUUCUCUUACAUCUCUCCAUUCAUUCUUGUAAGUGAACCCACUGUGGCUUCGUGUGCUUUCUUCAGAGUGUUUCUAGGUCUUAGUUACACAAUGGCGUACUCUUCAAUUUUUUCCAAACUGAUGGUUUACAAUCGAGCUUUUGAUGUGCAGUCAUCGAUAAAGAACAAAUCAAUUCAGGGACAAACAGUAUUCAACAGAAAUAUUUGCACUAUGAAAACAGCCCUAGUAAUAUCACUGACGCUCUCAGGACUACACUUCCUUGCGUUAGUUUUCUGGAGUAUUGGGGACACUCCGUUACCAGUAGUCAAAUACUCCGUAACACGCGAGGAAGCCCUUGGUAAUCUGUCGUGUGCAGAUCUAGACAACUUUAGCUAUUUCGUAAGCCUUGCCUUCUCAUUCUUGUUAAUGAUUGCUUGUUUGGUAUUUGCAAUUAAAACAAGAAAGCUUCCAGAUGGCAUGAACGAUUCCCACGAGAUUAUGUAUUGUUCUUUUACUUCUUUCGUACUCUGGAUCGCCUUCAUCCCUCUUUAUACCUUUUCUGAAAAUAAACUUGUCAAAGUUAUGUCCCUUUCCAUAUCGUUGAUCAUUCACGGUACAGCUUGCUUACUAUGUCUCUUUAUAACUAAGAUAUAUAUUGUGAUUUUUCGCCCUGAGAAGAACAACAAAGAGCGAGUCAUGAGGACCACACCGAGUCGAAGUCGAGACUCGUACAGCGGAAGUUUUCAAGGCAGUCGUGCUUUUGAAAAGAGGCAAUCAUUUGGUGUGACUUUGGAGGAGAAAACAUCCACAAACUGUACAAGAAAGCUCUCCUCAGCCUGCGUUGCAGACGACACGGAGGAAGAAGGAGAAGACUACUCCGCAACAACCGGAACUUUACCCUUUAAGAACUCUAUCAUUAUCGACAGAUCGGAGAAAUAUUCCGAGGAAGCCGAAAUUGUUGUCAAUUCGCUAAACAGAAACAGUGGUGAAAAACUCCUAGGAAAUAAAGAGGAUUUAGACAAUAUAAAAGCAGACGAAAGGUUGACAAAUCAUAAAGCCAAUGGUGAUAUUUUGCAAAACAAAAAUGCAUUUGAUGAGGAUGAAAGAACUGCAGAACAUCAAAACCAAGGUAACUUUAUUAAAAGCAUAGGAUUCAAGCCGAGUAGUUUCUUUAAACGCAUCACGUCACACAAAUCACAGAAAGCACACGUCAGCCAUGAGAAUAUAAUUGAGAAAGGAAAUGAGAACAGCGCAUCAGAGAAGACGGUCAGAAGGCUGUCUCAAUCCUUACCGGAUGUUCAUUUUAAAAACACUUAAAUUUCCAGGAUUUCAAUUGAUUUGUGUAUUUUUAGUGUCAAUACUCAUAUGUUCAGAGUUAUUUAUUUGAAUUCACUCGCAAUAUGGU